CGAAACGCUGUGUUUACGAAACAACACAAGCUGCACCGUGUUUCGUGUUUCUGUAGAUACUUCACGAUUUUGAGAUGAUCUGAACCGUUCUGCACUGCAAGUGUUUGACGACGGAUUUUGACUUUGAAGUUGACUUUCUUGGAAUAUUUUUCACGAUGAAUGAAAUUGACAAGCUCGAGUAUUUGUCCCUCGUGUCAAAGAUCUGUACAGAACUGGAUAAUCAUUUGGGAAUAAGUGACAAAGAUAUGGCCGAAUUCAUUAUAGACCUAGCGGACAAGACUGGAACCUUUGAGUCUUUCAAAAAAGCCCUCAUAGAAAAUGAAGCAGAAUUCUCGGAUUCCUUCAUUGCCAACCUCCUGCGUAUCAUACAACACAUGAGGCCCAAAAAGGCGUCGAUCAUCACUGCUUCGGACGACAAGCCAAAGACAGAGCUGGAGAAGAAGCGGGAAAGGUUCCCUUGCUUGGCAAUUCCAAACGACCCCAAUGUCCAUAAGCUGUUGGAAGAAGACGUAAAAGUUGCCGUAGAUGCUCUGGCUGAGCUUGAAGCUCUGGCACCAGGCUCGAGAAAGAAGGAAGCAGAAGAGUCAAAAAGUACAAAGUCCAGGAGCAGACACCACAAGGAAAAGCGCAGAAGAUCGCGCUCGAGGUCCCGCAGUCCAUCUCGGCGACCCUCGUCUAGAUCUCGUUCACGGAGCCCCUCAAGACGAUCGUCCAGACGGAGAUCUCGCAGCCCUUACUCUCGGCGCUACUCUGGGGGGCACAGGUCACGCAGCCCGGAAAAGCAGAGCAGUAGAAGGGCUCCGACUGAGCCUGUGGUGGGUCAGAUUUACCAAGGCAAGGUGACCAACAUAAUGCAGUUUGGCUGCUUUGUCCAACUGGAAGGUCUACACAGGAGAUGGGAGGGCUUAGUACAUAUCUCUCAGCUACGAAGAGAAGGCCGCAUCACCAACGUCGGGGACGUGGUAUCCAGGGGUCAGCGUGUGAGGGUCAAGGUGCUCUCCUUCACUGGUCAGAAGACCAGCCUCUCCAUGAAGGACGUUGAUCAAGACACCGGAGAAGACUUGAAUCCCGUGCGAGAGUUGGGACGCAAUCCGGAUCGGCCGUGCUCCUUGCCGCUGGUGACAAAGCCAGAUGAUGACGACGUUGACAAUCGUCGCCGCGUGCAGCGGAUAUCGAGCCCAGAGAAGUGGGAGAUCAAGCAGAUGCUGUCAGCAAAUUGUAUCGAUAAAUCGGAGCUGCCAGAUUUUGACGACACGACGGGUCUGCUUCCGAAAGACGAAGAUGAUGAGGAAGACUUGGAGAUUGAACUUGUGGAGGAGGAACCACCAUUUUUGAGAGGUCAUGGCAGGUCCAACUUGCAGGACCUGAGUCCUGUGAGGAUAGUAAAGAACCCAGAUGGUUCCUUGGCACAAGCGGCCAUGAUGCAGUCAGCACUAGCGAAAGAGAGGCGAGAACAGAAACAGCAACAGAGAGAAGCCGAAAUGGAUUCAAUACCAGCGGGGCUUAAUAAACACUGGAUUGAUCCCAUGCCUGACGUUGAGGGACGCACGCUGGCUGCCAACAUGCGUGGCAUUGGCAUGAUGGCCCAAGAACUACCCGAGUGGAAGAAGCACGUGACAGGUGGAGCAAAGGCCUCUUACGGGAAGAAGACACAGAUGACAAUUCUAGAGCAGAGGCAGUCCUUACCUAUCUACAAGCUCAAGGAUGAGCUGGUCAAGGCUGUGACAGACAACCAGAUCCUAAUAGUCAUUGGAGAAACGGGAUCGGGAAAGACGACCCAGAUCACGCAGUACUUGGCUGAGGCAGGAUUCACGGCCAGAGGGAAGAUCGGGUGCACCCAGCCGCGUCGAGUGGCAGCAAUGUCCGUGGCCAAACGUGUCGCCGAGGAGUUCGGAUGUCGUUUGGGCCAGGAGGUGGGCUACACAAUCCGUUUCGAAGACUGUACCAGCUCGGAGACCCUCAUCAAGUACAUGACGGACGGUAUGCUGCUGCGAGAGUGCCUUGUCGACCUCGACCUGACAUCCUAUUCAGUCAUCAUGUUGGAUGAGGCACAUGAACGUACCAUCCACACCGAUGUUCUCUUUGGCCUGCUCAAGAAUGCAGUGAAAACUCGGCCAGCGCUGAAGCUGAUCGUGACUUCAGCGACAUUGGACGCUGUCAAAUUCUCCCAGUACUUCUUUGAAGCACCCAUCUUCACGAUACCAGGCCGCACAUUUCCUGUGGAGAUCCUCUACACGAAAGAGCCGGAAACAGACUAUCUGGAUGCAUCGCUCAUUACGGUCAUGCAGAUCCACCUGACAGAGCCGCCAGGUGAUAUCCUGCUCUUCCUCACUGGCCAGGAAGAGAUUGACACCGCCUGUGAAAUCCUCUACGAGCGGAUGAAAUCCCUGGGGCCGGAAGUCCCCGAGUUGAUCAUUCUUCCCGUUUAUUCUGCGCUCCCGAGCGAAAUGCAGACCAGGAUUUUUGAGCCAGCACCACCGGGCUCGAGGAAGGUGGUGAUUGCAACAAAUAUUGCGGAGACAUCCCUCACAAUUGAUGGUAUUUACUACGUGGUCGACCCCGGAUUUGUGAAGCAGAAUGUCUACAACCCAAAGACUGGGAUGGACUCCUUGGUGGUUACACCCAUUUCUCAGGCCCAGGCAAAACAGAGGGCAGGGCGUGCCGGCCGUACAGGGCCAGGGAAAACGUACCGCCUGUACACGGAGCGGGCAUACAGGGACGAGAUGUUGACCACCCCUGUUCCCGAGAUCCAGCGCACCAACCUGGCUUCCACCGUACUCCAGCUCAAGGCUAUGGGCAUCAACGACCUGCUCUCUUUCGACUUUAUGGAUGCUCCCCCAACGGAGACACUGAUCAUGGCCUUGGAACAACUGCAUUCCCUGAGUGCAUUGGACAACGAAGGUCUUCUGACACGCCUUGGCCGAAGGAUGGCUGAAUUCCCAUUGAGUCCCAACCUGGCCAAGAUGCUCAUCAUGUCAGUCCACUUGGGAUGCAGCGAAGAGAUACUCACCGUGGUCUCCAUGCUUUCCGUGCAGAACGUCUUCUACAGACCUAAGGACAAGCAAGCACUUGCAGACCAAAAGAAGGCUAAAUUCAACCAAGCUGAGGGUGACCACCUGACCUUACUGGCUGUCUACAAUUCCUGGAAAAACAACAAGUUCUCCAAUGCCUGGUGCUACGAAAACUUUGUGCAGAUUCGAACCCUGAAGAGGGCCCAGGACGUCCGCAAGCAGCUCUUAGGCAUAAUGGACAGGCACAAGCUGGAUGUUGUGUCAUGUGGCAAGAACACCGCUCGCGUGCAGAAGGCCAUCUGCAGCGGCUUCUUCCGCAACGCUGCCAAGAAAGAUCCGCAGGAGGGCUAUCGAACUCUGGUCGACGGACAGGUGGUCUACAUCCAUCCCUCCAGUGCCCUCUUCAACAGACAGCCCGAAUGGGUGGUCUACUACGAACUGGUGCUGACAACAAAGGAGUACAUGCGUGAGGUGACCACCAUAGACCCCAAGUGGCUGGUGGAGUUCGCGGCUUCCUUCUUCCGCUUUGCCGACCCCACCAAGCUGAGCAAACACAAGAAGCAGCUGCGCCUGGAACCCCUGUACAACAAAUACGAGGAGCCCAACGCAUGGAGAAUAUCGAGAGUACGUCGCAGACGCAACUAGUACCUUUCCCUUUUUUUAUCUUGGGGACUGCCAUGUAAAAUAAAGUGUAAAUAUCGAGCGUA